AUGCGCGUGCGCGACAAGGACCUGUUCCUCAGUUUGGUCGGGCAGCUGCCCGACGUGCUGCGCUCUGCCCGCUUCUCCAUGUUCACCCACGCCAACCGCUUCAAGCCGAACGAGGAGGCUUGCCGCGAGAGGAUGCAGUAUGACCUGUGCAAAGAGUGCGCGGCCAAAAGCGGCCUCUGCGGGCCGGCGGCCAGGGAGGACCCUGAGGGCUUGAGCCUCCUGCCGGACGAAAAGAGAGUGCUCGACUCGAUGGUGCGCGCCACCAACCUCACACGCCAACGCAGACCAUUUCGGCACGAUCCCACUUCGCCGCCCAAGCUGGCCUACGUGGUGUUCGGGUACGACGAUGUCGGAAUCAAGACACCCAACACGGCCGACUCCGUGGUCAGGCUGCUGGCUGGCAUCGUUCACCCCAACGACACCAUACUCGUACACAUCGACGGCGACUCCUCCCCACCGUUUUACCAGGCCGUCGAAGACUACACACGCAACUUCGACAACGUCAAUAUGGUUCGGGAACGCUUCGUGACAUCGUGGGGCGGCAUCUCAACGGUGUGGAUUGAGCUCGCGACAAUCGCCGAAGCCAUUGAACGCGACGCCAAGUGGGAGUUUUUCAUCAACCUGAGCGGGAUGGACUACCCCAUCAAAACGCACAAGGAGAUCACGCAGUUCCUUGGCCAGAAUCGAGGGAAAAGCUUCAUCGAACAUACCUACCCCACACCCAAGCUUCUAGAGGCAGUCCACAACUAUUACAUUGAAUGUUCUGUUGGUCCAGUGCAAGUCAAGGGCGCAGAGGGGUUUGUCGCCCAGUUCCCAUCCGGAACACACGUGAACGCCACCAUCCCGUAUGCUCGUGGCGAACAUUGGUGGGUGCUCAGCCGAGAGUUCUGCGAGUGGCUGGUGUCGUCGAGUACCGUUCGCAAGAUGCUGCAGUGGGGCAAACACAUCUUGUUGCCAGACGAAUACUUCAUAAUGACUGCCGCCGUCUGGUCGCCCCACUACCCCUUUGUGGUAUCAGACCACCUUCGCUACAUCCGGCGGCGUGACAACGGGAAGAGAGAUCUGGAGCCCAUGGACGUUCCACUCAUGAAGAACUCCACCGCUCUAUUUGCCCGAAAGUUUAAUCCCAACGCAAACGACGUGCUCUCCGUCAUGGAGGCGUGGCUCAAGGAGAAGAUAGAGAAGGAGACAGCACAACCCUCACACAAACGCCCAACGCGAUGA